GAUUAAAUUCAGAGGAAAAAAAAAUGCUUUCCCACAUUUCGGCAUCACUCUCUCACACCUCUUCUCUCACCGCCACCACCGCCUUCUCCCUCCGCCCCUCUCUCACAUCGAGAUUCCGCCUCCACCCUUUCAAUUCUCGGAAGCUCCGCUUCUCCUCCGCCGCCUCAAUGGACAGAACUUCUCCCCCUGCCUCCGUCGAUUCCAUUUCGGAAGAUUUGAAAAAUCAAAGAUUGGAAGAAGACAACCAUGUCGUCGACGGCGUUAGAAAUGCUGCGAAUUCCGAUAAUAUCACUCCAAAUAGGGUUAAUUUGAAGCUGGAGGAACUCAAGUGGGACCACUCAUUUGUUCGUGAACUGCCCGGAGAUCCCAGGACCGAUUCGAUUCCGCGAGAGGUUUUGCAUUCUUGUUACACAAAAGUAUCACCAUCUGCUGAGGUGGAUAAUCCUCAGCUUGUCGCAUGGUCUGAUUCAGUUGCAGAGUUACUUGAUUUGGAUGCAAGAGAAUUUGAAAGGCCUGAUUUUCCUCAAAUAUUUUCUGGGGCAUCGCCUUUAUCUGGAGGGAUGUCUUAUGCUCAGUGCUAUGGAGGACAUCAGUUUGGCAUGUGGGCUGGCCAGUUGGGUGAUGGUAGGGCAAUUACGCUGGGAGAACUUGUUAAUUCUAGUGGUCACAGGUGGGAAUUGCAGCUUAAGGGUGCUGGGAAGACACCAUACAGUCGAUUUGCUGAUGGCCUUGCAGUUCUACGCAGUAGUAUCCGAGAGUUUCUCUGCAGUGAGGCAAUGCACUUUCUAGGAAUCCCCACAACGCGUGCACUAUGCCUAGUGACUACUGGAAAAUAUGUUACCCGCGACAUGUUUUAUGAUGGCAACCCAAAAGAUGAACCUGGUGCAGUUGUUUGCCGAGUUGCUCCAUCCUUUCUUCGUUUUGGUUCAUACCAAAUCCAUGCUUCAAGAGGAAAGGAGGAUCUUGGCCUUGUGCGCACUUUGGCUGACUAUACCAUUAGGCAUCACUUCCCCCAUUUAGAGAAUCUCAGUAAAAGUGACAGUUUAUCUUUCAGUACUGGUGAAGGAGAUGAUUCAGUGGUUGAUUUAACUUCUAACAAAUAUGCUGCUUGGGCUGUGGAAGUUGCAGAGCGCACUGCUUCUUUAAUUGCAAAAUGGCAGGGCGUUGGCUUUACCCAUGGAGUGUUAAACACGGACAACAUGAGUGCAUUGGGACUCACCAUUGAUUAUGGUCCUUUUGGUUUCUUGGAUGCAUUUGACCCUAGUUACACCCCAAACACUACUGAUCUUCCCGGAAGAAGGUACUGCUUCGCAAAUCAACCUGAUAUUGGUCUAUGGAAUAUUGCGCAAUUUGCCACAACUCUGUCUGCCGCCCAGUUAAUAAAUGAGAAGGAGUCAAACUAUGCUAUGGAAAGGUAUGGAACGAAGUUUAUGGAUGAGUAUCAAGCCAUAAUGACCAAAAAGCUUGGUCUAUCUAAGUACAAUAAGCAGUUGAUCAGUGAUCUUCUUAAAAACAUGGCUGUUGAUAAAGUUGACUACACAAACUUCUUUCGGUUGCUUUCAAAUGUAAAGGCUGAUCUUACUAUUCAAGACGAUGAACUAUUGGUUACUCUUAAAGCUGUUCUGUUGGACAUUGGCAAAGAGCGCAAAGAUGCAUGGACUAGCUGGGUGAAGUCCUAUAUACAAGAGCUUUCUGCUAGUGGAAUUUCUGACGAAGAGAGGAAAAAAUCAAUGGACUCAGUAAAUCCGAGAUACAUUCUCAGAAACUAUUUAUGCCAAAGUGCCAUCGAUGCAGCAGAACAAGGUGAUUUUGAAGAGGUACGACGGGUAUUGAAGGUCAUGUCAAGGCCGUAUGAUGAGCAACCCGGGAUGGAAAAAUAUGCUCGGUUGCCUCCUGCCUGGGCGUAUCGUCCUGGCGUGUGCAUGCUUUCUUGUUCUUCUUGAUCAAUACAACUACACAUAAGGAGAUCAGAAAUAGAGAUACAAUGUUGUACAUACAAAGCAUGUAUGCUAUUUUUGUUGUGUACUGAGCAUUUACAAGUGCAGAUGGGGUGUCAUAUCAUACAAAUGGUAUUGUAUUUUUGUAAUGCGAGUUACUUGUAAGAAAUUUCAUACUGUUUUCAGCUAGAUAUUUAAGAGUGUGUUUCACUAAGCUUAUUUUA